AUGUUAGCAGGUGAGAUUAGUAAUGAUAUGGUAAAUGAGGAUCCUUUAAAGAAGUUUGAAAUAGAAGUUCAUAACAGAAUAUUAGAUAUAGUUGUUGAGAGUAUUAACAAAAGAUUUAUAAAACACAGACAAUUGUAUAAUGAUUUAUCAUGUUUGUCACCAAGUUAUUUUUUGUAUAUAAUUCAAAAUGGUUUGCCUGAUCAAGCAUUGACUACUUUGUGUGAUAAGUUAAAGAGUUUGAACUCAAAUAUAACUUACAACGGUCUAAAGGAUGAGUUAAUACAUUUUGCGAAAAAUUGGGACAAGUUAAAGAAAAGUCUUGCUGAAUCAUUUGCAACUACAUACUCUUUGGAGCUAACACAAGAUGAAGAAGAUGACAUUGAAUCUAAAAUGAAUCCUGAAUCACAAAAUAUGACUUGCAAGAGUUGCAAAAACUGUGUUGUUUGUUGCUAUAAUAUUUUACAAAAAUGUAAUUUAUAUUGUGAUGCAUAUGCUAAUUUAUUUUUGGCAUACAAAUAUGUACUUACUCUACCAUCAACCCAAGUAUCAUGUGAAAGAUCUUUUUCUUUCUUAAAAAAUAUUUAA